AUAAUGGAAGAAGGAGAGAUUCCGUCUUCUGGUGAAUAUGCUCGUGAUUACGACCCCUCGUAUGAAUGGCCUGGAGAUACCAGUGACUCUGCGACCCCGGAGGAGUUCGAGAAAUCACUACAGAAAACACCAUUUUGGCCGUCUCUACGGCUACUCGUAUUGCGGAGCGACAUUCUUUCCAAGACUAAAGUGCUUGCAGUGAUAGAUGAGUACGAGGAGGUGCAAUUCGGACGUGACAUCCCCCCUGCUGGCUCAGAGACGCCGAGAGUGCGAUUGAAAGAGAUGGAAGUAUCCAAACUUCAUGCCACGGCUUACUGGGACGCAACUAGACAGGAGUGGGCAGUCGUGGACAUGGGCUCCAAGCACGGUACCUUUCUCUCGCAAAGUGUCGAGAGUGACGAUAGAGUACGCCUCUCUCCUCCCCGCGUCGCCAGUGUUCCUCGUCCUAUCCGACACCUCAAUAUCCUGUCGAUCGGAAGCACCCGCUUUGUUUGCCAUAUACACCCGGAUCAUAUCCCAUGCGAGAGUUGUGCCUCGAGAAGUGGCGGAGACAUACCCCUCUUCCACAAGGGUGGUGAAGCGAGUGCUCUGAAGCGCUCGAGAGAUGUCGCUGAACUCGAUCCGCCUGAGGCCCCAUCCAAAGAUCCUCGCAAAGCCCUUAGCAUGCUGAAACAAAGCUUGCUGACGCGACAUAAGGUGUCCACCGCAUCGCCCUCUUCGACAAUAUCACCAUCGUACAUCGAUCGCUCAGCUCGCCGACGCGCGCUCCACCCUGGUUCCGUGACAGAUGCGCCUGGAGUGUCUGACCCCAGAAACUUUUCUCAACUUAUGUCUGUUCCCCCACAUCAAAGAGAGAAGAAGUCCAAUACACCACCUAUCCCUGAGAAGAUGCAGACGAGUUCACCAUCAGCUGCGCCGCUUUCUGACAAUAACAUCGGGCACCGACUUCUCACGAAACAGGGAUGGGCCCCUGGCUCAUCUCUGGGCAUGCCGGCAGCGUCAGGAUCGGAUGACAGCGGAGGAGGGCUGAUUGAACCCCUCGAGCUUCCCUCGACGAGCAAGCGGGCAGGUCUCGGUAUGCCGAAGAAUGAUAUCGACACUCGAGCCUCAGAUAGCGUUGAUUCUCAGGCCGAUUGGAGAGAGGCCGGGAGGCAGAGACGAUGGGGCACCAUGCGGACGUCAGGCUCGGACCGAUGA